AUGGAUAAAUCAACAUUUAAACAAUUAACUAAUGAAUAUGAUAUAUUAUAUCUUAUUUAUCAUCGAUCUAAAAAUCAACAUCGUCAACAAAUUUGGUUCAAAUAUUUAAAUAUGAUGAUUCGAAAUUUACGUAAAAUCUUAAAACUUCAAAUUGACAUCAAUAGAAUAAGAACUACAACCACAACCACUACAACCACUACUACAACCACUACCACUACCACUACCACGAAAGAUAAAAUUGAUUAUAAAACAAAUCAAAUCAUUCAAUAUAGUAAUAAAAUAUUAAAAUUAAUGAAAUCAUCAUAUUGGAAUUAUAAUUCGAUUUUAGUAUUAGGACAAUAUAUUACUCUUGGAUUAGGUUUAAUUGGAUCAUUAUCAAAAAUCACUCAUUUAAUAAUUAAUGGUAUAAAUGGGGUUCAAAAACGAGGAAUAAAUAGAGAUAGUUUUAUAAAUAAAAUGAAUAAUGAUAGGCAAAGGGUUGAUGGGGUUGACGUCGUGGGAAGUAAAGAUUUGAAGAGUAAUAAUGAAGAUGAGAUAGAUUUUGGUGAAGUGAUACCAUAUGAAGAAGAAGUAGAGAAGGUGUCGAUUAAUGAUGAGGUUAAGAAUAACUGUAAGAUAAACAAGAGUAAUACUUUACAAUUUCAAGGUAAAGAGAAUCUACAAAGAUUUGAUAAGAUUGAUGAUGAUACUGAUAUACAACAAAUCAAAAAUGAUGAUGAUAAAUCCCAUUCUAAAAAAUCAAAACGUAAUUCAUUAAGUUUAAGUGAAGAAGAAGAAGAAGAAGAAGAAGAUUCAAAUAUUAUUUUCAAAAAAUCAAAAUCAAAAUCAAAAUCAACAACUAUCCACAAUCAAUCUAAUAUCCAUUCUGAACAAAUAUCAAUAAAUGAUGAAAACAACAAUAAAUCAACUUCAACUUCAACUUCAACAGAUACAAAAAAGAGGAAACUUAUUGACACUGACACAAUUGAUGAUAUAUUUGAAAGCAGUAAAACUAAAACUAAAACUAAAACUAAAACUAAAACUAAAACUUUUGAUAAUAAAAAAUUGAAAAAGAAGGAUACUACUACUAAACCAUUGAAAAAAAUCAAGAAAAAGAAGAAAUCAGCCAUUGACGAUAUAUUUGGAUAA